AUGUCGAAGCUCGCACCCGGCCUCAAGGCUCUCAUCAACGCGCCUUUUGCGCGAGGCGAUCCGACCGCAGCUCCAGCAAGAAUCCGCGAAGUCUACAGCGCCAUCGCCAGCGACGCCGCGAAGCGAAACGUCGGUCUUAAGCCUUGGGUCGUGCUGUCGACCGCUGCGACAUUCACCCUCAAUGCUCCCGAUGCGCUGCCUGUGCUCCACGAGGUGGCGACAGCCUCCUCGGCUCAUAACGGCAGCAGCAGCGACGCAGCCGUACGAACUGCCGAGCUCAUCCGCGAAGUUGGCCUGAAGUGUAUCUCCUUCAACGGCAUCCCCCGAUCCAUCAACUGCCUCAACGCCUUUCACGCCGCACUUCCCGCCGAAGUGAAGUCGCGCCUCGAGACGCGGCCGAGCCGCGCGCCUGACGAGACAACAGGGCCCCGUGGACGUGCCCUCUGGGACAGCGUAUACGCACCCUUUGAAGACAAGCUGGUUACGAAGCUGGCGACCUCUCACCCGGAUCUACCAGUGCACAUUCUCAACAGCCACUACGGACCGUUGCUGUCUGAGCCGGCAGCUGAGAAGAGGGGCGACCUCGCCGCAACGGGGCGCGUGCUGACGAGCGUUAUCGCUAUUGCGUGCCUCAGGGCGCAGACGGGUGUCGGUCCGCAGGUGCUGAGCCAUGUUUUCGGCCUGCGAAAGGCGAUUGAGGACGGCAGCUACAAGGCGGCGGGCGAGGAAGAGGUGGAGGGUGCCGAGUGGUUGGCUGGAGAUGAGGGUAGCGAGUGGUUGUUGAAGAGCGUGGAUUCCAUAUCGGAGGCGCUAGGUGGUGGGAACUUUGCAGCGAGAGCGAAGUUGUAG